GAGGUCCUGAGUGAGAGGCACCCAAAAAAGAUCAGUCUCACCCUGCCCAUUCUGAGCAGAGACCAGCUGCACUGGGCCUGUGCAGUGUUCACAGGGAGCAUGCUCAGAGCACAGGUCCCCCUCACACUGCCAACACCCAUCACUGAACCUGAAGAGCCAAAGCCAGAUAAUAGAUGGGUGCUGGUGAUCGGUGUGGCCUGUACUGCUGCUGUGUGUGUUGGAGUGCUGUUGCUGUUAGGCGGACUGUUGUUUCGGCGUCUGAAAACAGCAGCAGUGAGCCUGGACGCUUAAAAAGCCGGUCUACACAGACGGAACGGGGGACGGGAGACGGAUGAAGGGCUGACGGACGGUCAGCCGGGAAAUUGUGUGUGUGUAUAAAAAAGUGUAACAAAAAGCCGCGUGACGGCAGUAAAAAUAAAAGACGCAUUCGCGUCCAAAAAUAAACUCUCGUCUCUCUCAUCUCUGACACGAGCGGUGGCACGCAGUUUGCUACAGUGGUUGCCCGUACGAGGAGGACGGCAGGAAGAGAGAGAGAGAGAGAGAGAGAGAGGAGGUCAGUAAUGGAUCCAAACAGGAGCGAGACGGCGCAGCCUCUCGUAGCGCUGGCGCGGAUGCUGGAGGAGAUGGCACAGAUGCAGGAGCGGCAGGCGGCCGUACACGCAGAGCAGAUGGAGGCUCUGCGUGCACAAGCCUCCCUCCAGACACAGGCGCUGCGACAACUGGCUGCCGCCGGGGAAACAAGCUCCCGGGACCCGCCGUCCCGAUCCCCUCUCCGGAUCCACCUACCUAAAAUGACCGCCGACGAUGACAUCCAGGCGUUCGUGGAGACUUUUGAGGUGGCAGCGGAGGCGUGCCAGUGGCCCCACGACGAGUGGCACCUCCUGCCCCUAUUAACUGGGGAAGCCCAACAGGCGGCGCAUGGGCUGCCGCCCGGAGCCCGGGCAGAUUACAAGACGGUGAAGAGGGCGAUCCUGGACCGACUGGGCUGCAGCCCGGAGGAUUACCGGCGCCGGUUCCGGAUGGCGCACCUGGUGGCGGAGGACCGUCCCUUCGCAUACGCCCAAAGGCUAACCCACAUGGCCCGGCGUUGGCUGCAGCCGGAGAUCCGGUCCGCCGGGGGCGUGGUGGAGCAGGUCAUCUUGGAACAGUUCCUGGAAGGAUUGCCGGAGGGAACGGCCAAUUGGGUGCGCUGCCAUCGCCCAACCAACCUAGAGGGGGCGGUCACCCUGGCGGAGGACCACCUAGCGCUAUACCCCAGCUCCCAGCAGCAAGCACGGCCGGAACCGGCGCCCAGGAGGAGACCCCCUCCUCGUACGGGCCCCUCCCCUGUCCCCAGGGCUCGGGCCCGUCCCUUCCCUCAAAUUAAUCCCCCCUUUUUUCCUAUUCCCUCUCCAGGUCCAGGCUCAGUGGCGGGGGGCUCUGGCUUGCAGAGGGCGCCUCAGACGCUCGGACCGGGGUGUUGGCGGUGCGGACAGCCGGGUCACCUGCGCCGCGAUUGUCCACUUAUGGAAGUGGGGCAGGUGGUCUGGGUGGUUGGGCCGCCCACUUCCGCUCCCGAUCAGGAGGGAGCGUACUGCAUCCCGGUAAGGGUGCAAGGGAGUGAACACCGGGCGCUGUUGGAUUCGGGGGCUAUGCAGUCCCUGAUCCAGCAAAACCUGGUUCGAACCGAGGCAUUGGUAAAGGCGCCCUGGGUUUCCAUUCGGUGUGUGCAUGGAGAUGUGCACAAGUAUCCGGUAGUACCCGUGGAAAUUUGUUACAAGGGAAAAACGCAUAUCGUGAAGGCUGCGGUUAGCUCCCGGCUUGCGCAUCCCCUAAUCUUGGGUACUGAUUGGGCGGGGUUUAGGGAGAUUUCUAGAAACAUGCUGGGGGUGCGAUCACGACCGAUAGGGAAGUGUGACGUGUGUGCUGUUGACGGUGGUGACGCAGGGCCGUCCGACACGGCCGGGGCGAGGAGGGACCCAGGCGAGCCUCCGGUUGAGACUCCCCGGGGUCCUGUAUUCCAACCCGCGGAGGAUUUCCCACUCGAGCAGUCUCGGGACGACACCUUACGCUUUGCCUAUGACUAA